AUGCCCCAUUUACCUGAGUUCAGACCUGAUGUUGACAUGGUGAAAGUGAAGUUUCAGAAAGGAUUGGUAUUUCAAUCAGGGUCACAAUUCAAAGAUGUUGUGAGAGAGUAUGCUAUUCAAAAUGGGAAGGACAUCUUCUUCAAGAAGAAUGAGCCAACUCGGGUUAGGGCUAAAUGUGGUGGUGUUAAUUGUCCAUGGGAGCUGUAUGCAUCUAAAAUAGAUGAUACGCCAACAUUUGUAGUGAAAACCUUCAAUGAAACACACCAAUGCCCAAGAAUCAACGCAAACAGAUUUGCCACAGGAAAAUGGCUUGGUAAGAAGUACUUAGAUGAGUUCAAAAUGCAUGACAAGUGGGGCAUUUCUUCAUUCCAACUAAAAGUGGGUAAAGAUCACACAUUGAAAAUAUCAAGAGAUAAAGCAUACCGAGCUAGGACGUUUGCAAGUAAGACUAUAGAAGGGAGUUAUGAAGAACAAUAUAAUGUUCUCUGGGAUUAUGCCGAGGAGAUCAAGUGGACUAACAAGGGUUCAACAGUUGAAAUCCUAACUGACAAAACAGAAGAUGGCAAGCCUCGGUUCAAGAGGAUGUACAUAUGUUAUGGUGGAUUGAAACAGGGGUUCAAUGAAGGAUGUAGGCCAGUAGUUGGGUUGGAUGGUUGCCAUACAAAAGGGGUACAUCCAGGACAAUUAUUGACAGCAGUUGGGAUUGAUGGAAAUAACCAAAUGUACCCUGUUGCUUUUGCUGUAGUAGAGAUAGAAAAUAAGGACACUUGGUCAUGGUUUGUCAACCUUUUGAGGGAUGAUUUGAAAAUUGAAAACUCACUGCAUUGGAGCUUUAUCACAGAUAAACAGAAAGGGUUAGAGCAAGCAUUGAAGGGUUUGUGGGGAGAUGGAAUACCAGAGGCAGAGCACAGACAUUGUGUUAGACAUCUUGAGAAGAAUUUCAUCAAGGUGUUCAAAGACAAAACCUUGAAGAAUCUGCUAUGGAAAGCUGCCAAAAGUGAUACUGUGAGAAGAUUUGAAGCAGUGAUGGAGGAGAUUAAAGUGUUGGAUGAGGAAGCCUUCAAAUGGUUAAUGGCAGCAGGGCCACACCAUUGGAGUCGAGCACUGUAA